CCAUAAACGGAAUGCCGUCAAAAGUGCACCACAGCAAGUCGAGACACAGCUGUUCACGCUGUAAGCUAAGACGUGUAAAAUGCGACCUGCAAGCCCCUUGCACGAACUGUCGAAGGAGGCAGGAGGACUGCAGUCUGACUUCGGCACGAACAUCACGCCUCAUCUCCGCAGAACAACAAGCAUCGUUCUCGCCAUCGCCAGUCGCGCACGAUGGCUCUCGUCAACUUCGUUUACCGGAUGACUUUGCGUUCCUCUCACUGCUCGUGCCGAUAUUGGCCGAGCAAUCACCUCCAAGGCCAUUGACAUGGACCGAGGACUUGUUCCUGAUGAGCCACUUCACGUCGGCCACCUCCUACACGCUCUCACAUCGCGAAGCUGACCAGCACAUGUGGCGUGUCGUGAUUCCUGAGAUGGCGAUCCCGCAACCCUUUUUGAUGCACGGCCUGCUCGCGGUUUCCGCCAUGCAUCUAUCCUAUUUGCGACAGAAUGAGAGAACCAAGUACGAGAUGCAAUCAAGCUAUCAUCAAGCAUUGGCAACAUCGCAGUUACGCUCUGUGCUCACCAACAUCACGUCCGAGAAUUGUAGUGCUGCGUUCGCCCUGUGCGCGCUCCUGACACUGAUAUCGAUGAUUUACAUCGCGCGUCGUACCGACGCGGAAAGAGAAAGGAGUGGUACGGGCUUUAUUGACGAUAUUGUACAUCACUUCAUGCUCACUCGAGGCAUUGGAGGGGUACUGGCUGAUCACUGGGUCACCAUCCUAUCGGGUCCUCUCAGAAUCCUCAGUACAGAUAAGCUGGAAGACCCUGAUACUUAUACUUUGUCACCACAAAUCGACCAACAAUUCUUAGCUUUACGCGAGAGACUCAUCCCUUCCCUCGGUUCAACUGACCCUGCGGCGCUGCAGACGUGUCUCGACGCCUUGGCUGGCCUCGAGCUCGUCUACAAGCAUUGUUACUUCUUACACCCUCAUCUGCCACGUGCGAAGCUCGAGAUCGGAGUUGCGCUGAGAUGGAUGUCUUUGGUGCCGGCAGAAUACAUGGCGUUACUCAAACAACGAAAUACUAUGGCGCUAAUCUUGCUCGCGCAUUUCAUCGUCCUAUUCGCAAAUUUUGGCGACGAAUGGUUUCUUCAAGGCUGGUGCGAACAAGCCAUGAAGAGUAUUGAGACCAUUGUGAGCGAACAGGGUUACGCGGGCCUGAAAUGGCCGUUGGAGCAGCUGAAGGAAAAGCACGCACACACUUCAGCUUGAAUUGGUGCCCGAUUAACAAAGUCUAAUCAGUCUCGCUGACCUCUAUCUCGCUACCCUGGCACUCUGGUACUAGGAACCGCAAUAGUCACAUCAAAUGCCACACGGUUCAAGGACCAAAUCUUGAUUGGACCAUGCCUUGGCCGUCUUGCCUU